CGAUUUGCUGCGGCGGAUACGUGCGCGCAUGGACUGAUUGUACAGCACAAGCUUUUCGAGGCGGUUCUUGGCCUGCAUGGGUUACAUGCAGGUUGCCUAUCAAUAUUUGGUGUUAUUAUUUUUUGUUCUUAAUUUUUGCCGGGGUGGGAUUAGAGAUAUACAUACUACGUACCUGCAAGGUGCGGAUGGAUUUGGAUUUGGAUUUGGGGGGGGAAGGAUAGGAUUAUGGGAUUUUUGGGGGGUGGGUUAAUGGGAAUGGCGUCUUUUGGUGGGUGGGUGGACUUUUUCGUUAUACCCGAGGCAUGGGUUUUUUUAUGGAUUAUACACAAAACAUGUCUUCACAACAUUUUGAAGAAAACCGCCAGGUCCCAAUGGGCUUCUAUAGAAAGGAGUCUUUUAUACUAUAACAUUAUUAUACCUCUUUUUUCGCAUACGAAUUUAUAUCAUAUAUCACUGCUAUUCAAGGCGGAAAGAAUCCGAGAUUUUCGAAUGAAGAUGAUGUGUGAAUCGCCGGUCUCAGGUACCUCGGUACGUACACUUACCCACCGAAAUACUGUACCUGACGCCGGAGUGACUGGCGGAGAUGGAACCCUGGAUUGUCUAAAUCUGAAUAGGAUCGGUUGGUUUUAUAUUGGACUCCUUCUUUUUUUGUCUUUCCUUUUUUGAAAUAAAGGAGCGUUAAGGUCGUGGGGAUAUUGGUUCCUGCAUUGAAGUUAAAGCUGUUAUUGGGAUGGGAUGGUGUUGGCGGUACUUUUGGCGAUACCGAACCCCCACACUUGAUGCCAUGGCCUCGGCGUUAAGAGUUGUGUCUGCUGCAACUUUUUACGGGC